AGCCCUGUAAAACAAAAUGAAAUGCAAAUGAUGGCUUGGAGCGCAAUAUUCUAAUUUGUAGCUCAAUUUAACAAGUUGAGAACUACUCCGGCGAAACGGUUGUAAUCGUCAACGGCGCCAAAACAAAGCCAUGAACUCCGAAUCUGGAGGAGAGAGAAACUCCAUGGAAAUUGCAUCACCUUCGCAAGAGAAUGAUCAAUCCAAGAAUUUCAGAACCCUAACUUUGCUCUAUUCCAAUUAUCUUUGGUCUCGAUUCUCCAAUUCUCCUUUCAUCGGCAAACUUUCCAGUUUUUGUCGUCAAUUCGGUCGUGCUAGGUCUCGUCGCCAGAAGUUGUGUUUGCCUCUCCCUCUUCCGUCGAAAUCGGUUCAUUCUUCACUGAUACUGACAGAAGCAUCUAGGAUUUAUGAUGUUUUGGAAGAUGUUUUCGAGCAUUUAUUAUCGAACAUGCACAAUGUUCAGAAGAAUUUGCAAUAUUGGCAGGCUAAAGCAGAGGGGUCUAAUGCUCAGAAAGCCUAUUUUAUGAUGUUUGAGAGAGGGCCGCGGGCUUUGAUUGGUGAAACUGUUGAAUUUGUGCGGAAUUUCAUUGCCGAAGAUUCUUCAUUUCAAACACUCUGCCAUUCUGCAUCUGGUUUCAUAUCCGAGAGAGUAUCUGUGUUGGAUAGCAUACGAUGUGCACUUGCUGUGUUCUUGUCACAGGUGUAUAUGGCAAUUGAUAAACAAGGAGAAGACCUGGUGGCUGAUCCUCAAAAGGCAUUGCCAUCAUUAUUGAUCACUAUCAAUGGAUUAUUUUCAAAUCUUGAGAAUUCCAUUGCUCAAUUGCACGUUUCUUUGUCCCAGAUAGAUUCAUUUGCUGGGGAGAAUAACUCAUAUGGACUCGUAUUCAAUAGAAUGACUGAAGUGCAGCCAGAGCAGUCACAGUGGACGGAUGAUGAAAUUCGAGGUGCAAUUGAUAUAAUUUAUAAGAACCUCCAGAAGCUCGACACAUAUCUAUCUCUCAUUAUUGCUAGGCAUCGGAAGCCCAGGAAAAUGACUCGGUACUGGAUCCGGUAUACAUGUGGGGCAGUUGGCCUUUCUGUUUGUUCACUGUGGAUUGUACGUCAUAGUAGACUGGUUGGUAGUCCUGACAUUGAUAACUGGAUUCGUGAAGCAAAAGAAUCAACAAUUAGUUUCUGGACUGAGCAUGUGGAGCAACCGCUUAUGUCAAUUAGGGAUGAACUUUUUGAGACAUUUAGAAAGAGACAUAGAGGGGUAAUGGAUUCAGAAGAAGUGCAAUUAACUGCUAAUUCGCUGCAUAGAAUGUUGGUGGCUUUCUGUGAGCAGGCAAAUGGCCAGAAUUUCCCAGAGAAUGCUACAGAUCUGGAGCUUCUUCAGAUAGUUAUGGCGAGAUAUGAGAAGGAGAUGGUGCAUCCCCUUAAAAGUGCUUUUGGUGGAGAGCUUCCUCGUGCUAUGCUCAUCCAGGUUCAAAAGCUGAAAUUAGAUAUUGAGACGGCAAUGCUGGAAUUGAACCAGAUUCUUAAGGCAAAUGAAAUCAACUUUGCCAUUUUAGCUGCGUUACCUGCUUUUGCUCUUAUUCUCCUUUCAAUCAUGUUGGUGCGUUCUUGGGUUACACAGGACAAGGGAGCAGAAGGAAGGGGCAGACUUGCUCGUCGUCAGAGGAGGCUGCUCAUCGUGGAGAUUGAGAAAAAAAUCAUGCAUUAUCAGUCUUGUAUGGAACUGGGACAGGCACAAGAUGCACGAUACAGCUUCGGCUUGGUGUUAUAUACUUUAGAUCGUCUAUAUCGUGCAGUAGAGAGACAUGCAAAGAUGACUGGAGAAUGGUCAUGCUUGAGACAGGAUAUCAUUGAUUUGGCAAAGCCAGACCUUCAAACUACCCACAAAUUGACUAUCACUUCACGCAUGGAACGAGUUUACGACUGCUUGCUUCCUUCAUUGAAGUAGUAGAUUCGGCCAUUUCUAAUCAUACAGUUACAUCCCCCAGUAUUCGCAUCAUAUGUCAUCUAAAAUAUAGAUGCGGAUGUUUUUGCUCAUAGUUCUAAACUUAAAUAGAAUUGUUUUUGGUCAUAUUACAUGUUUGGGGGUUCAUCACAUUUUUGUCUCAGGUCACUGAUUUACGAAAUAUAUACUGUAUAGAAAAAAAAUAUACGGUAUUUAUAAUGUAUUACUUCCCCGUCUAUAAUGACCAUUACUGCCACUUACAUUGUCUGAUCCUAUGAUCUGGUUUCUUUUUAGUUGAGGCUGACAUUUUAGGCUUAUUCCCUCUGGAUUGUAAAAUUUACCCGUUACAAAUCAUGAAAAAGUUUUUUUUCCCCAGAUAUUUCAAAUAUGGAAAGUUUGCAGUGA